AUGUACCCUCUACUCCUCCUACCGCCCUUGAUUCUCCUCGCGUAUGACAGAAGGGACACAUCGUACCCCUCCUAUUUACCACGAUUCGCUCUCGGUAGCGUAUCAUUAGUCGGUUCAACCCUCGCCUCGCUGUUUGCGAUGUCGUACCUCAUCACCGGCUCGUUGGAAUUUCUCUCGUCGACGUAUGGUGUACAGCUGACGCUCAGUGAUCUGACGCCGAACGUGGGACUUUGGUGGUACUUUUUCAUCGAGAUGUUUGACUCCUUCAGGUCGUUCUUCCUGGCAGUCUUCUGGCUGCACCUGUCAUCCUACGUUGGCGGCCUGACCGUGCGGAUCCGGAGCCAGCCACUCGUCGUGAUCACUCUUCUGGUGGGCAUUUUCUCGAUCUUCAAGCCAUACCCGAGCAUCAGCGAUACCUCGCUGUUCCUGGCUCUGGUACCGCUAUUUCGGCAUGUCUUCCCACUCAUGAGGUACACAUUCCUCGUAGCCGCAGUGAUCAUGUACGCAACGUUCCUCGGCCCCGCAUUCUACCACUUGUGGAUCUAUGCGGGCUCUGGGAACGCGAACUUCUUCUACGCCAUCACGCUGGUGUGGAGCCUUGGACAGAGCCUGCUGCUGUCAGAUCUGACGUUUGCAGUUCUACGGGAUGAAUGGGAAGUUGAGCGACCGGAGAUGGUCGGCAAAGAGAUCAGGCAGAUCUAG